AUGGCAAGCACUGAUAUUGACACGAUUAACAUUGUUCUUAAACGAAUAGAGAAUGUAUCAGCAGAUGAAUUAGUCUGUCCAAUUACAUUUGAACGCUUUCAUGAUCCUGUAAUUGCUGGUGAUGGACAUAUUUAUGAACGUGCUGAAAUCAUACGAUGGAUUAGAGAAAAAGGAACAAGUCCAUUAACAAGAGAGCCUCUUCAUCUCAAAGAUAUACGUAGAGAUGAAGCAGUAUGUGAAGCUAUAACUCAUCAUUAUGCAAGUAAACCAUUCAAUUUGAGAAAGCCACUACUACUACUCAGCUCUCAAGAACGAAGAAGACAGCGACGACUAAGACGAACAAGUAAUCCUACUUCAGAUAUUAAUCAUGAACUAUCAAGAAUUUCUACAAUAGAACAAAAUAUUCCAUUACCGACACCUAUUGUACCAAAUCACCGAUUUCUACCAAUACAAUCUUAUAAUCCUAUACCAAGACGUCUCAUCAGAUGGCAUUAUUCAAAUUCAUCAUCAUCAUCAUAA